AAUAAAUGAGCAAUAUUAUCCCCUUGACUUUGAACUUUCCUUUCGGCCAGUUUCUCUCCUCUCUGAAAGAUUCUCUCCCUCUUUCUGCUCAUUUCUCCUUCCUCUAAUGUCCCAACAUCUCCUAUCUUUCGAAAUGUCUAGAAUUUCCAAGUGUAUCCUUCUGACCGUAUUUCUUUGACGGACAUCCCAUUUCAACCCCAGAUCUCUCCAUGAAUCUCUGAAAGUCUUUCCAGGUCUCUCUUCUUGGUAUCUCAGAGUCCAAGUCUCUCUCAAGUCUCUAAGCAUCUCCCUUGUCUCUGAGUGGCUCUCUGGGUCUCUCUCCUGAUAAAAACCACUAGGAAUACAUUAGGAGUCCCGCUAUCAGUGUAUUGGGGCCUCUUGUUGGGUUUUUAGUUCUCUCCCUGUCUGUGCUUGUCCCAGUGUCUCUCCCUCGCCUUUUGAGCCUUUUGAGCCUUUUGAGUGUCUCCCUGUUCGCCGUUUCUCCGGGUCUCAAUGCCUUCUCCGUCUUUCUGUAUUCUCUCCGCCUGACCGCCGUGAGCCCCAGCGCCCGCGGCCCCUUUAAGGCGGGCCCCUCCCCCGCCCCGCCCCGCCCCUCCCAGGUCAGCCCGGGGCCACCCGGCUUCCGCCGGCGCGGGGCGUCCGCUCAGUCCCCACCCGGCCGCGGGCGCGAUGGCGGGAUCCGUACUGAGAGGCGCGGAGAGGCAGCUCAGCCAGCUCAGCGGCUCUGGAGUCCCCAUCCUCCUACGGCAGAUGUUUGAGCCCAAGAGCUGCACCUACUCGUACCUCCUGGGUGACAGAGAGUCCCGUGAGGCCAUUCUGAUCGACCCGGUUCUGGAGACAGCGCCUCGGGAUGCCCAGCUGGUCAAGGAACUGGGGCUGCGACUGCUGUAUGCUGUGAAUACCCACUGCCACGCGGACCAUAUUACGGGCUCAGGGCUGCUCCGGUCCCUACUCCCCGGCUGCCAGUCUGUCAUCUCCCGCCUUAGUGGAGCCCAGGCUGACUUGCACAUUGAGGAUGGAGACUCCAUCCACUUCGGGCGCUUCGCCUUGGAGACCCGGGCGAGCCCCGGCCACACCCCGGGCUGUGUCACCUUUGUUCUGAAUGACCACAGCAUGGCCUUCACUGGAGAUGCCCUGCUCAUCCGAGGGUGUGGGCGGACGGACUUCCAGCAAGGCUGUGCUAAGACCUUGUACCACUCAGUCCACGAAAAGAUCUUCACGCUUCCAGGAGACUGCCUGAUCUACCCUGCUCAUGAUUACCGCGGGCUCACCGUGUCCACCGUGGAGGAGGAGCGGACUUUGAACCCGCGGCUCACCCUCAGCUGUGAGGAGUUUGUCAAAGUCAUGGACAACCUGAACUUGCCCAAGCCUCAGCAGAUAGACUUUGCUGUUCCAGCUAACAUGCGCUGUGGGAUCCAGACUCCCCCUUCCUGACCCGGCUUUGUCAGGUGCUCAUUUCUGUUAAGAAUGCACUAGGUGGGGUACAUUGAAAGGUGCCAUUGCCAGGCCUCUCUUCUUCCCCUCCCUCACCAGCCCCUGAGCUUCUUAAA